AUGGUCGAGGUCGAAGAAGCCGCUGAGUCGGAGUGUCCACUGUCCAAAGGCGACUGGCAACCAUGGUCGGAAUGCUCUGCCUCCUGCUCCGGCGUCCAACGCCGCGUCCGGACAAGUUGGCGGUGCUGGGAGGUGGUUGAGAACAAGACUGCGCAGCGGCCCUGCAACGAAGAGGUCAUUUGCGACUCCCAGUCCUGCGAGCUAGGCGACUGGAGCAGCUGGAAAGGCUGUGACGGAGACAUGUCGUGCGGCCAGGGAGCUAGUUCCUCUCGUUUCCGUCGCCUGCUGCUCCCGCCAGGGCCGACGGCUCCCGACUGCCCAAGCCUCGUGGAACGCCGCUCUUGCGAGCGGCCGCGGCCAUGUCCAGAAGAGUGCCAGAAGGUGUUAGGGCACUGGGCCGAGUGGUCGAGUUGCUCAGCCAUGUGCGACAUCGGUGAGCGAUGGCGGAUCCGAGAAAUGCCGCCAGGAGCUCCAGAUUUCCUUCAAGCACGCUGCCGCGCCUUUGCCCAGGAUUUAUCUUACUGCGAGCCGGACGCCGGCAUCUGUCCCUGCAAGCACUUCGAAGGAAGUAAGCCCUGCAGCGCGCGGGCGGCUCCUAGCAUCCGGAGCAGAACCGCGCAACACGCACUGAUGCAGGACAUGCUGCUGAAUCUCCACUGCCCGCGGGAGCGCCGGCAUCUCAUCAUUCGCGACGAGCGCCGUCGUGAUGAGGUGCUAGGGGCGCUUGCCACCAAUGCUGCAGGCAGCCUGGUUCUCUCGAGACACCUGCCCAUCAUGCCAGCGAGUAUCUCCGGCUGGGAGUUGCUCUCCUUGGGCAACGAAAGCCGCAGAAACGACCUGAGGGGACGCCUCACGAGCGCAGCACAGUUCCCCAUCGAGGCCACCUUCGAAGGAGAUGGGGGAGACCUGGAACGGCUAAGGUCUUGCUUAUCUGGCUGGUUCGCCAGCCACCUUCAUCUCCAGUCUGGUCAGCUGAACUUGACCUCGCCCCGUCUUCCCCAAGACUUCGACCGCAGCCUGCGUCUCGGACUGCGUCUGCGCAUCCCAUGCGCAACCCAGGACGCUGAUAAGCGGAAACCCUCUUGCGGGAGGCUCCAAAGAGCCUGGCGUCGAAUUCCGCUGCCCUCCACCGCCGCGCGGCAUUGCAUCCGUCAUGCAGAGCCUCGGCUUGCAAAAUGGCGAUGA